UCCCGAAAAUACUCCUCGUGGUUUUCCGCACAUUUUCCAACUUGAAUAACGCGUGUGUGUGCCGUCGCGCGGUCGCAAACACAAAAAACCGACUGGGUGCAAGUUAAAGUUUGACUUUGAUUUGGAUAUCGCCAUCCACAACUUUAAACAACCUUAAAAAACUUCUCAACAUGAUUUUUUAAGACGUUGCGGUGGUGGUGAUUAUCGCACGCGGGCGUUUUAUUGAUGUCGAUAAAACAUGGAUGUCGAAGAAAUGAACGCGACGGAGAUGAACCGCAUGUCGGAGAAUAUGAAUCGCACGAUAAGCAAAUUCGGCGAUUUGUUGGAGAGAUAUUUGCGUAAUCGUGGUGUUGAUCAGCCGGCCUAUGGUAUUCUUAUUGCUUUGUAUACGGUUAUCAUCGUUGUCGGUGCUAUGGGUAAUGCACUUGUUAUUUUGUCAGUGGUGCGAAAACCAGCGAUGCGCACACCGCGCAAUAUGUUUAUUGUGAAUCUGGCAAUCUCCGACAUGUUGCUGUGCACAUUCACGAUGCCGCUCACGCUCAUGGAGAUCCUCACCGUAUACUUCCCGCUCGGCAAUAGUGAGCUACUGUGUAAGCUAGUUGGCACUAUGCAGGCAACCAGCACGUUCGUUUCUACUAUUUCCAUUGUUGCCAUCGCAUUGGAUAGAUAUCAGGUUAUAAUUUACCCAACAAGAGAAAAUCUGCAACUAGUAGGUGCAGCGAUUAUCCUCUGCGUAAUCUGGACUCUUGCUGUUUUGCUUUCAUUACCGCUUUUCAUCUACAAGAAAAUCACCUCCCACCACUUCAAUUUCAACGACACCAACGUUGUGAUGAAUUACUGCUACGAAAAUUGGCCGCCAUAUUUAGAUCGCUACGUCUAUUCAAUAUUCUCCUUCAUUUUCCAAUAUUCCUUGCCGAUCAUCAUCGUUUCGGCUGCUUAUAUCAGAAUCCUCUAUAAACUCCGUCAUCGUUUUGCUGCUGGUUUCGUCGCCCACGACGAUUACAAAAACUCCCGCCAACAAGUCCGCAGUCGUCGUCUCCAACGCACCAACAUGCUCCUAGUUUCCAUCUCAGUGAUUUUCUUCACCAGUUGGAUGCCCUUGAACCUCUUCAACCUCAUCGCAGACACCUUAGACAUCGACUUCACCACCCAAUCGAUGAAAAUCGUUUACGCAGUCUGCCACAUGAUGGGCAUGUCUUCCGCCUGCUGGAACCCCGUCCUCUACGGCUGGCUCAACGACAACUUCUGGAAAGAAUUCCAAGACAUCAUGUGCAUCAAAUCAAACAGCAGUAACACCCGCGCCAGGGACCUGGAUGACAAACGUGGAUCUUCAAACCGGAAGACGACUGGUAAGGAGCAGUACCGAAGACCGGAUCUAGUGGCUGAUUUUAAUCCUGGUACCACAGGAAGCACCGAGAUGUCGCUGCUGACUAAAUGCUAGCUCAAGGCCCGGUCCACUGCAACCAGUCAGGUGAGUGGACUCGCAAAUCUAUAACUUUUCUGCACAAAAAUCAAAUUUCAACUACGUUGGGUGAUAAAAACAAACAAAAAACAAAACACAGAGAAAUACACUUGUGCUAUUAAAAGUAUUCAAUAUUUUAAAAGAAGUGAAAAAGAAAACGAACCAUAAUAUAGUUAUAGUGAUAUUUAAACAAAUUCAGUGGUACCAAUAUUUGUAAUUUUUGUAUUUCAACAAAGAAAACGUGAUAAUUGAUGUAAAUAAUUGACCAGCAACGGUUUUAAUCCAAAAUUAUAAAUAUUAUUUGUUUUAUUGAUCUGGAGACAAAAGAAAGUAGCGCCACCUAGCGGGGAAUAGUGUAGAGUUUUUUAGUAUUGAUUUUUUGUUAAAUUUACAUUGUUUACAGUUUAAAAUAUUUCAAAAAGCAAAAUUUGUACGAAUUUAUUAAUAAUUGUUUAUUUUAUUGAUGAAAAAGUGGCGCCAUCUAACGGCGAAUAGUCUACAAUUUUUGUCUAUUAAUUUUUCGUUAUAUUUGCUUUGUUUUAAGUCAAAAAUAUUACAACAAAUAAUUUUGACACAAAUUUUCCAAUAUUAUUUGUUUUAUUGAUGAUUAAAGUGGCGCCACCUAUCGGUGGAUAGCCUAUAAUUUUUCUGUAUUGAUUUUUCGCUAAUUGUGCUUUGUUUGAAGUUGGAAAUUUUACAACAAACGAAAUUGAUACCAAUCAACUCUCGGCGGCAGAAGGCACUUAGCGCCCCAAAGGCACUCAAGGACAGAGCCAUUAAGCGCGGUGCGACUGCCGCAGCCACCGCAAAUUAGUCUAUUCCACGCGCUGAUCAAUUAAAACUUUCGCAUUAUUACGACCCCGCCAUUGCGUUUUAUUGACGCGCGCGCGACGCGCACGAGCAGCAGCAAUCGGUUGAACAAAUAAUAUAUUUAUUGGGAAAACUGGCGCGCGGCCAUAAUGCCGACGAGUCCACGGCAAUUAUGGCGCGUGUCGAGAUUUCGCCUGGAUUAAAGCCGUUGAGGUCGUGCGCCCCGUUAUUUAAUGCCAUGUUGUCGACUCGCGGAUUAUCGAAAUUCACAAGAUGGCGGGCGGAAUGUGAGUGUGGUACGAUCACAACGAUUAAAUUUAAUAUGCGACUAUGCGAAUAUUGUAAUUUGUAAUAUGUAAAUAGACAGCACAUGUAUACUUGUCGUUCGUCACACAUGUGUAAUGUUAAUGUGAAAUAUUUGGCAGGCUGCGGAAUGUGAUGAUGGGAGAAUAUUAUUAUUGGGUAUUUGUAUACACAUCCUUUACAUUUAUUAUAGAUAUAUAUAUUACAUAUUAAAAUUUGUAGCGAUUAUCAAAUAAAUGUUUGUAUAAUAUUUA